ACUUAGGAAGGGGCAGCUGAACAGCGUGGAUGGCACGUUGCAGCCUUGCAGGCAGGAGCAGAGCUCCGAGCAGCGCCGGGACGGCAACAGCAGCACGCGGUCCGCUUCCCUCAGCGCCUUCGGACAGGACGGACGUUCCGUGCAGCCCCGAUGCGAGGCGAGCGGCGCGGCGUGCAGCGCUCCGCAGGAUCGGAGCGGAGGGGAAGCGGAACAGUUCGCUGCCCCUGGAAAGAGAGCCCCGCAGCAGCCGCUGCCCCGGAGGAGCUGCCCGCCCGCCCAGCCCCGCGCUACCUGCCGGAGCGGCUGCCGGUACCAGCGCUGCUCGAAGCCGGCGUCCCGGCCCGGCGAGAAGUCGGCGCGGAAGCUCCAGAUUCCUCCGAGCUCCUUCAGCUCGCGGGAGGGGCUCUCGCGGGGGUACAGCAUGCCGCCCCUCACGGCCGCCGCCGCCCGCCCGGCCGCCGCCGCCACCACCAGCACCAGCAGCUGCAGGCGGCACUGCCCCGCCACUCCGCACGGCGCUGCAGCCGCCAUCUUGGUUGUGGGCAGCGCCCGGCUGGGGGAAGGGGGCGUGGCUACGCCUAUAGGGCCCGGGCGGGAGCGGGAGGCGCUGCCGCGUGCGGCCGGGGAUUGGAAGACAACUGUGGAAGCGGGUGGCCUGGCAGCCUUUGGCAAGUAUCAGACAUGGCAAGGAGCCCAGAUCACCUGUCAGCAGCUCAGCCACGAGCAGGAAAGCACUUGCUGUGUUAAGAAGUCACGUUUGGGCUGACCUAUGAACUGUGAUCCUUGUUGUAGGUGCUUGGAAGUCCUUUCAGAACCAUGAGAACAGCAGCCAACUGCAGAGAGAAACAGGCUCACCCGUCCAAACACACGACCAGCUUUGCUGCGGAUCAGUUCCAGGCUAUCAGGGUUCUUCUUCUGAGGCAACAGGCUGCUGCCAGUGCUGGAAGAAAGGAAUUGGGAGUGUAACGGUGAGCAAGACCCCAGCCUGUGCAGAUGAAGGCUAAGACAUGCAGCACGCUGGCCCAGCCCUGCAAAAGUGAUUUGUAGCCCCCCCUUGACUGGACACCUGUCUCAGUGUAGGAAAGCAGUGAGGCGCUCGGAAUCACGGAUCAGUGCAACAGCAUGGCUAGGAGAGAAAGCUCCAUCUGUGCAGGACUCCAAGAAUGGAGAAAGCCCAGAGCUUUCUCUGCCUUCCUAGAGCCCAGAGUGAAAGGUGGUUACCUGAGCAGGAACUGGCUCCAUCUGAUGGGCAGAGCUUUCUGCAGGUGGGUGUAGCCAGGCAUGAUAACAUCAAUUUCUCUGCAUAUGGAAAGAGAGGAAGAGGUGAGCAGCAACUGUUUGCAGAGAGAGCUGUGACAGGUAAACUCUCAGGUCUCCUGGCAAGGUCAUGAAAGCAUCUUUAGCCUGUGUUGUGCUAUGCCUUCCUCUUCUUAUAUCCCCAUAAUAUAUUAGGGGAAGAGGAAUGUCUCCCUGAAGCAGACUGUGAAGAAAGAGGGCCCGUUGUCUUUCCCUGUGCUGUCACAUACUGUCUCACUUCAACAUCCUCUGCAGAAGACCUUGCUGCUGCCCUGAUUGGUAUCAGUCAAAGAGAGGAGAGAGAAGUCUCCUGUCCCAGGAACGCUGAGACCGUGGACUUGGGAAAGGACUUACGUAGCAGCGCGCUCCACAAGGGUCUUAAUGAGCUGCAGCAGUGUGCAGCUUUCCAGCUAUAUCACCAAUCAGCUCCUGAGGACAAGAGAAUAACUUCUGUCAGUGUCUCUGUAUUCUAAACAAAAGAAUUCCUGCAAGAGCAGACCUCCUCCUAGCUCUAGGAUCCUGCCACUCAGGAUCUUCUCCAGCUCAGUUUUAGUUAGGAUGCCAGCCUUCUCCAAUGCUUUGGCAUAAGCCAUGCUCCCCUGGAUAUCAACUUCAGACAGUCUCUGAUCACAGGCAAUGGAAGAGUUGAGCAUCUCCAUGAUGGGAUCUGUGCUUCCGCUGAAUCUUCCCCCCCAGAGUUUAUCUCCCUGAGAGAGUGGAAGAGCAACUGUCUCCACAUCUCUGCCAAUCCCUGCUGAAAAAACAUGUCUGAGAGGACAGCAAGAGAAAGCCUAUAGAGGCUCACCCGUCCAAACACACGACCAGCUUUGCUGCGGAUCAGUUCCAGGCUAUCAGGGUUCUUCUUCUGAGGCAACAGGCUGCUGCCAGUGCUGGAAGAAAGGAAUUGGGAGUGUAACGGUGAGCAAGACCCCAGCCUGUGCAGAUGAAGGCUAAGACAUGCAGCACGCUGGCCCAGCCCUGCAAAAGUGAUUUGUAGCCCCCCUUGACUGGACACCUGUCUCAGUGUAGGAAAGCAGUGAGGUGAGUGCACAGACUUUCUCAUGUUUCCCAAAGCAGAGUCUUUGGUUUUGCAGUCCUGUCUGGAACUACCACCCAGUGCUGCCUCUCAGAGGAGACAAAGCAGAGGCUUCUCUUCAAGGCCCUGUUCCACAGAAGGCAUGAGGAAGCAGGACCUGUUUUUCUGUACCCUCAGAGAGGCAGGGCAGUGGCUGUGCUGCGUUGAGAGACAGGAAGUCUGUUAGUAUUGCAAACCCGGGCUGUUCUGGGAAGGGCUUUGGCAGGAAUUCCCAGCAGAGAAGGAAGUUCUGUGUGCCUGUUCUUUUACAGCAUGUUUUUGCCAGCAGUAUCUGGGGAGGAGUGACCAGUGAAUGGAGAUGUGGUUGAGUUGCCAGAAUCAGAAAUCAGAGACAAGGAGAGUUUUAGGGAUGGACUGUCAGUGACCAGGCACCUACCUGUAGGCAUCAGAGAGGGUCACAAAGCCAAAUUCAGUGGUGCUGAAGAUGAUGAGAUCUUCAGCCAGCUUGCUAAGGUGGAUCAUCAGCAGGGUGGCAACAGAGAUUAAUUCCACUGCAGAAAAUGUAGAAAAGCAGGAGGUGAAAAGGGUGUUUGUGUUUGGCAAACCAGGGAGCCCUGACUGGAGCUUAGACAUGUGCAAAGAUUUUCUGUUUGGUAUUUCCCAGUGUGGGAUUUCAGGUCCCUUGUUAAAUGAUGUAAACUGGGAAGGUGUCCGUGUCCGGUGUCUGCUUCUAACAUGGGGGAGGGAAGAAUGACAGAGUUGUGCUUACCCACAAAGUCUCUCUCACUGAUGGCGUCUAUGCUGUUCAGGGUGAUGGAAGUCAUGUCCAGUUCUGUAAGGAAAGUGACAGAGAGAAGAGGUCAGGUUUAUCAUGACCAGGGCUUGAAGUCAGCAGACUGCUCCAGCCUACAGGUGACUGAGUCCUGGAGUAGUCCCAGCUGCACACACGAGCUGAAGUGUUAUGCUGCAUGGGAGCUACCACCUCUUGGACAUAGCCUGUCUUAUUGCAUUAAAAAAAACAUAUGAAUCCUUGACACUUGGUCCAGGAUUACAGUGCAUGAUGAUGCCUUGGGAAGUCACUUGCUUUUUCUUCCCUCCCUCCCAGAUACGUCAAAUGUAUCCCAUGCUACUCAGGAGUAGACAUUUACCGCUACGCAGAAGCUCUCUAUCAAUUUCCAGUGGGUUGCCAGCCAGAGCACCACUGCCAGGGAAGAAAGAAAGAGAAGUCACAUAUAUUAUCUUGCAAACUCCAUUCAAAAUUGAUCUUUAUUAAGCAGAGAAGGCGCUCAGAAUCACGGGUCAGUGCAACAGCAUGGCUAGGAAGGGACAUGAGAGAGAAAGCAGGUGAAGCUGAGAAACCUUGCAUGAGCCAAGAGGUAAUUCUGGCCAAAGAUGGUGCAUGCUGAGAGUCAGCCUCCACAGUGCUCUCAGCGUUUGCGUUUCUGGCUGGUCAGAACCAAGAGGCACUGGACAUGGAGCAUUCCUGUGGCAGCUUCCAGGGUUAGUUCUGCCUUGUCUCCCCCAGCUGCCCCACCAGAGAAUGAUGCACUUCUAGGCUCCAUCUGAGCAGGACUCUAAGGAUGGAGAAUGGUUCCCUUCCUAGAGCCCAGUGUGAAAGGUGGUUACCUGAGCAGGAACUGGCUCCAUCUGAUGGGCAGAGCUUUCUGCAGGUGGGUGUAGCCAGGCAUGAUAAUAUCAAUUUCUCUGCAUGAGAAAGGAGAGAAAGACAGCUGUCAGUACAGAGAGCAGUGACAGGUACACUCUCGGGUUUUCUGGCAAGGUCAUGAGGAGAAUAUCUUUAGCCUGUGUUGUGCUGCACUUGGUCUUUGCCUUCCUCCCCUUAUGUCCCCAGGACACAAUGAGGAAAGAGGAAUGUCUCUCUGAUGUGGGCUGUGGAGAAAGAGCGGCUAUUCCCUGUGCUAUCACACAGUGCCUGACUGUAACAUCCUCUGCAGAAGACCUUGCUGUUGCCGUGAUUGUUAUCAGUCAAAGAGCAAGUCUAGAAGUCUCCUGUCCCAAGAAGGCUGAGACCAUAGACAUGGGAAAGGACUUACAUAGCAGCGCGCUCCACCAGGGUCUUGAUGAGCUGCAGCAGUUUGUCAACAGGAGCUGUGGGAGAGGAACUGAGUUGUAAAAGCAAUGUUUUGCAGCCCCUCGCUGGGAGUGCAGCCCACUGCGGUGAAUGGAUGGGGUGCUGAUGGCCAGUGUUGGGAGCUAAGCGCUUGGAUGAGGAAGAGUCCUUUAUUUGCUUCAUGAAAGAUUAACCCCCCAAAUCCCCAGUCCCCAGUGAAAUCCUGAGGAAGUUCUCAUGGAAGGGUGUUUUGUUGUCCACUUGUUUUCCAUCUGGGACAGAGAAUGGCACAUCGUUCCUAGGUGUUCCAGCUACUCACUGAUCUUAAGCAGCAGCGCAAAGAGAGUGGAAAAAGCAAGCAGAGCUCUGGUCAGCAGAAUCUGAACACAAUCAUGUAUGAGACACUGAAAUACAUCUCAAAAACACCGUGCAGAUACCAGAGUCCUGAGACUGUCAGAGAGUUCCUCAUUGCAAUGAAGGGCCAUAAGCUGACCAAGGCUGAAAAGCUGCAGUUGCUGAACCACAGGCCUGUGACAGCAGUUGAAAUACAGCUGGGCUGCUUUCCAAACUAAUGAUUCUCCCAAUGCCAUCAGUGCGCUCUGUUAGUUCUCUUGGAGGCAUGGCAGUGUGGAGAGGGCAGCCCAUGCGAUGUGUCAUGUGUACAUGAAAACGUAAGUAGACUUAGCAGUUCAGUUGGUAACUUGGAGAGGAAAAGCAUAGAUUACACUCAAUUUACUGAAUAUUUAAGCACAUUAUUUUUCAGACUGCUCAUUUCUUGUGUGUUCCACAUGUUUUAUUCUGUAUUCAGCAUUUGGGUGUUGGCUGCUUGACAGCCCUGGGUGCAGCAGUGCUCUGCUCCAUGCGCUUCUCCAGGAGAAAGGGAGAAAGCUGUCAGAAUUCUCCUACUUUGCUCCUUCAAAGUACAUGGAUUUUCAUCUGCCUGAAGGCUUGGAAGCCUUCUCUGUGGUGAUGUGGCUGUCCUGUUCUGCUGGGGCUUUUGUACAUCCUGAUAGAUGAGCAAAUCUCUUGCACGAACCUUGAGGCUGUGCCCUUCCCUCAGCUCUCCCAGUGUGGCCAUGUGCUCCUGUACCUGAGAUGCUCUCUCCUUACAGGCAGCUGAGUUAUGGACUUCACAGACAGAGCAGUGCCGGAAUUCACAGCCUCAUGUUCCUGAGCAUUACCAUACCAUAAAGGCAUCCCUUGUCACUGUGAUAACAUGGAGCUGAACUGUGUGAUGAAAUUAUUUUCUAAUGAGAACAUCUGUGCUCUUGGUUUGGGCACAUGAUCAAGUCUGAGUAUGGGACUGAGCCAAAGGGAACAUCCCCUGGGUGGGCUGCCCAGCCCUGGCUGUGCCCCCUUCAGCAGGGGAAAGAGCAGUUAAAUUUGUUUAGUGUCAACGACAGGGUCGUGUUGGUGCAGGGAACCUGAAUGACACAGGUCCCAGGAUGGCAGAUAUGGACAUUGCUCUGCUUGACCUCAGUGGCACUGAGCCACCUGAGCAUCGACCUACACACGGGGAGCACAGGGCCCAGCUUGGGUCUCCAAGUGAGUGCUGUGGUUGAGGUGAUGCUGGGGAUAUGGGGGGAAGGGGCACAUGGGGAGAACAGGGCAGAGCUCCAGGGACCGGGAGAGGGAAUAGGCACCCCGCUCUAACUUGUCCCCUCUGCUCUUUUAGGAACCUGCCCAGAGCUCAUAGCUCACAGAGCCAACAGGAGACAAAGUGGUGCAUCCCAAAACUGUCAAGGACUGAGAUCAUAGAAUCACAGAGUCAUUAAGUGAGUGAUCCCACUGCAAGGGUUUUAUUGAGCAGAAAGAAAUGCUUACGCUGAAAAAUCCGAGCCUUGGCCGAAGCACAACUAUAACGGAGAGAAUGCUUAGGAAACAUUUGUUAAACCCUGAGGACCAUUACGUGCCAUGAAGGAAACCCAGCAGGGAGGAGGGAGCUGGGCUCUGCUUCGCUCUCAGCUGUUCCCGAGUGCUCGGCCCGCACACAUCCCUCGUGCCACAUCGACAGCGUUCUGUGAGCCAGGAGCACGGGAAGGUGCUCAGAAAUCCCCUAAUUUAUUUUGGAUCAGGAUCUCCAUGGCACGUGAACUAGAAAGCAAUCUGCAAUAGAAGGUCUCCUUAUUUUGAAGCGACAGUCUUUACCAAAAUGGUUGGGAAACUGAAGCAGAACUUGCUGCUGGCAUGCCUGGUGAUCAGCUCAGUGACAGUGUUCUAUCUGGGCCAACACGCCAUGGAGUGUCACCAUCGCAUAGAGGAGCGCAGCCAGCCGGCGCGGGUGGAGAGCGUGAGAAGCACAGUGAGAACUGGUUCUGAUGGAAACGCAAAUAAAACCUUUGCUUACAACAAAGACAUGCCUUUAAUAUUUAUUGGAGGAGUACCUCGAAGUGGCACUACGUUGAUGCGUGCCAUGCUUGACGCUCAUCCGGAUAUUCGAUGUGGAGAAGAGACGAGGGUGAUCCCACGGAUUCUGGCAGUGAAGCAGAUGUGGGCGAGAUCAAGCAAAGAGAAGAUCCGGCUGGAUGAAGCUGGAGUCACAGAUGAGGUCCUGGACUCAGCCAUGCAGGCGUUUUUAUUGGAAAUCAUAGUGAAACACGGGGAGCCUGCGCCUUAUUUGUGUAACAAAGACCCUUUUGCUCUAAAAUCCUUAACUUAUCUUGCUAGAAUUUUCCCCAAUGCCAAAUUUCUUCUAAUGGUACGGGAUGGUCGUGCGUCUGUACAUUCCAUGAUAUCUCGAAAAGUCACCAUAGCUGGGUUUGACCUCAACAGCUACAGAGACUGUUUGACCAAGUGGAAUCGUGCUAUAGAAACUAUGUACAACCAGUGUAUGGAGGUUGGCUUUGAACGAUGUAUGCUGGUACAUUAUGAACAGCUUGUAUUGCAUCCUGAAAGAUGGAUGAGAACUCUCUUAAAGUUCCUUCGCAUCCCAUGGAACCAAGCAGUGCUGCACCACGAAGAAAUGAUUGGAAAAGCCGGCGGUGUUUCUCUUUCCAAAGUUGAAAGAUCUACUGACCAAGUCAUCAAGCCAGUCAAUGUGGAGGCGCUGUCAAAGUGGGUUGGGAAGAUCCCUGCUGAUGUUCUGCAGGAUAUGCCGGUGAUCGCACCCAUGCUGGCAAAACUGGGCUAUGAUCCAUAUGCCAAUCCACCAAACUAUGGAAAGCCAGAUCAAAAAGUUGUGGAAAAUACCAGAAGGGUCUUUAAAGGUGAAUUUCAGCUUCCUGACUUUCUUAAAGAAGUGCCACAGCCAAAGAAGACAGUAGAAAGGAGGUCUCGUGGCAAGAUAAAAUGAACAUGGAUCAGUAAAGUCUAAUAGCUAUAGUACUGAACCCAUGGAAUAGAAGAUGCAAUGGAUGCUUCUUGCACAGAAGAAGAACACUGCUGCCUUCUCAAUGGAAGUGAUGUUACAAGGACUGUCCCACUGAGAUCAAUGAGGUGUGCUGCUCACGACCUGCUUUUCUCACCGUUCUCUCCCCCAUUACUUUCAUGCUCUUUUCUUUCUGUUCAGGGUUUUGUUGUUGUGAGCGCAUGCAAACCUGUUUAAAAAAAGAAAAUACUAAAAAAAAAAAAUGACUGUUAAAUGUAGAACCGAAUGACAUGUAAACAGCUACUUCUGAGGCUUUCAGGAAUACAGAGCAACACCUGUGUCUGAAACUGCUAUUCUGUCAUCUUCACCCCAAGCCUCCAUCCUGAAGGCUCUUUCAUCUUAUCUUGUUUUUUUCCUCCCUUUAGCAGUUUGGUUUUCAGUGUUUGAAACUCUCAGAGGAGUUGGUCUGUGCUCGUCCUAAAUGGUUUUUGGUGGAACAGUUUUGUUUUAUCGACGUGUGGAAAUGGUUUAAAUAUCUUUUAUUUAAAAAAGAAAAAAAAAAAGAUAAAUGACACGUAUAAUUACAAUUCAAUGAUCUUUUGUAUUUUAUUUUUCAAAAUAAAUGCUUUAAAUGUGA